ACAGGCUUCCAUUAUGGAACAUAUUCCCUUUUUCUGGGUGGCACUACCCACAAUUUUACUAAUUUAUUCCCCCCUCACUUCCACCCUUGACCAGAACGGUCACAUUUGCAUCAUCGGUGGCGGCAUUAGCGGUCUCACCAUAGCGGCCGCACUACAAUCCAAAGGUUACACAAACGUCGACCUGUACGAAGCUGAGAAAACCCUUGGCGGGAGAAUUGUCACUCACCGAUCCACCGGAAGUUCUCGCAAAUCCCGGGUUAUCGAGACCGGUCCGAUCGCCUAUUACCGCAGUAUGACCCACACCUUCCGCUACAUGAACGAAUUAAAGAUAACCUCCAUUCCAUACAAUAAUUUCGACACGUCUCUCUUCAAUCCGAAAAGUGGCGUGAUUUUCCCAAAAUUUGAAGCUUCCGCCAAACUAAAGGCUAUCGUGCAAGAGGCGACAAAUCGAUAUAAGAAAUACUGGUACGAACUAGCUCCCGCCCUAGAACUGGGGUACACUUCGCCCCUGUUUCAAUCAAAAUUGGCGGCAUUGUCGACCCCAAUUGAGACCUGGUAUAACGACCGGAACUUAUCCUUACUCCUCCCCAUUUUGGCGGGACAGUUUACCGCGGAUGGAUACGGAGAUGUGAAGGACGCCCCGAUUUUACAAGCACUAAAGCCCGUCGUGGGGGACGAAGCGGAAGCAUAUUUUCAAAUCGGGGGAACCCCAUUUCAACCGUUGGAAGGGUUUGACACGUUUGUCACCCGGUUUGCUGGGAGGAUCCGGAAAAAAACCGAUUCUUGGUUGGCGGGCGAUCGAUAUCACGAGGAGUAAAGGACAACAGCACGUGACUUUUAGCGUGGCAGGGAGAAAAUCGCCGGCGGGGGUGACGUGUAGUAAAACGAUUCUUGCAUUCCCCCCGCUGCUAAGAAAUUUGGGAGUUUUAGUGAGCGACCUAAGUUUCGCGGAAAGGCGGGUUCUUGACCAAGUUAAAAUUAACAAGUAUGCGGUCAGCGGGGUUUUAAUUACGAACUUGAAAAGGCAAACUUAUACUGGAUUUGUGCCCGAGAUUGGGUUAGAUUUUAGGCGGGACGAAAUUCCAAAAAUAAUAUACCCGCUGGGUGAUGGAGGGCCCGUUAUGCUAGUGAGACAGGAUAAAGGGGAUGAAGUUUGCUAUGCCGCAUACUCAUGGAUUUACGGCCACUACGAUUCAAUCGCUGAGGGAAAAGAAAUCGAAACUAUGGCGGGAAGAUUGAACGCAACGUUGAAAAAGAUGCAUCCCUUCGCCACCACGCUUUUUACCCGGGCGACAGAAUACUUUCCCCACGUGACUGGAGAAUCCAUGCGGAAUGGAUUUUAUCAAGAUUUCGACGCCAUUCAAGGAAACGGUGGACUUUAUUAUGCCACGACGCUCCUAUCUUUUGAAACUAUUAAUGGCGCCAUCGAAAUGGGGGAAGGUUUGGUGGAGAAAUAUUUUUAAAUUUUUUACUAUGUAAUUUUGUUCAUUGUAUAUGAUAUUAAUGUUUUUUAUGUAACAAAUUCGGAUUUUCUCCUUCCAGGGAAAUAUCUUUAAGCAUGUAUGUAUUUAUAAUCUAUUCAGUUCAUCUUUUAGGCAUUUCCAGUAUUUUUGGCUAGUUUAACAAUGUAACAAACAGACAUUUACACAUACAUACAUAUGUACAUUUACGUACACAUGUACAAAUAAGUAAAACUCAAAUUUUUACUGGAAUAUUUUUUGUCCGGAGGCCGGAACCCAGCAAUAAUUCUAAAAUUACAAGAAUCUUCAAAUCAACAUCAAAACGAGUUGUUGAAUUUAGGA